AGCUGGCUGUCAAUUAAAUCCUGGCCAUGAGGGACAACAGGAAUGCCAAUAUCGUCACCUACUUAGACAGCUACCUGGUCGAUGGGGAACUCUGGCUGGCGAUGGAGCUCAUGGACGGCGGCACGUUGUCAGAUGUGCUCAGGGCAGUGGACCUGGAGGAAGGACAGAUGGGCGCUGUCUGUCGGGAGUGCCUACAAGGACUGCAUUUCCUUCAUUCCCGCCGAGUCAUCCACAGAGACGUCAAAAGCGGCAACGUUCUUGUGGGCACGGACGGAUCUGUGAAAUUGGCUGACUUUGGCCUCUGCGCUCAGCUCAGCCGUGAGCGCAGCAAGCGCAGCUCCAGGGUGGGCACUCCCUGCUGGAUGGCACCGGAAGUGGUGAGAGGAGAAGCCUACGGCCCCAAAGUGGACAUCUGGUCGCUGGGGAUCAUGGGGCUGGAAAUGGUGGAAGGGGAAGCUCCUUACCAGAGGGAAGCCCGUCUGAGGGUUUUUGAACUGAUAGAAAGGAACGGGCCCCCAAAACUGCAGAACCCCAGGCACCACUCGGCUCUCCUGCGCGUCUUCCUGCGGUGCUGCCUGCAGGCAGACGAGGACAGGCGCUGGUCUGCCCAGGAACUGCUGGAGCAUCCCUUUGUCACCUCGGGCGAUCCUGCCUCCAGCCUGGCUGCUCUGAUCAUCUCAGCCAAGCAAGUGCAGCAAGAGUGGAGAGGAGACGCUUACGCCUGAGGAAGACUCUGUGCCCCGCCAGCUGAGAGGAGUGCACAGGGGAUGCAUGCUCUUUAGUCCGAG